AUGGUGAGUGUAGCAGGCUGCCACCCAGCCCUGGUACCGCCUGAUGGGCACUGCUGUGUGACAGAACCAAGGCACAAUUCUGCCGGCUCCUCUUCAGACACUAACUGGUUUCUCCCCACACCCUCCUUCCCCGCUGUCCAAGUGGAGAAAGGCAUCGGGCUCGGCCUUCGUCUCACAGCCGGUGAAUGCCCAGAGGCCAGGUUCGGGUGGUCGUGGUUUCGAUCUGUUGCGCUGCCUGCCCAGCAAGACGGGUUUCCGCCCCCCCUGCCGUUGCCAAAGCAGCUGGUGGUGUUCGGGCUGGGAGACUGGAGCUGUUGCUCUCCGGACGCAAGCGUGGCGGUGGACGUGCUGGUGUCCCCGGGCAUCGCGCCGCAGCGGGUCGGCACGCUGGAGCCCGCCUGCAGGUCACGGCGGGAGCUGGCGCUGCCGCGUCUGCUCGGAGGGGUCUCCAGCAGUACGCCUGCCCGCCCCUUCCUCGUCCCGGAGACCACCCCGUCACCAGUGCUGCCAGCAGAUGAUAUGCUCCUUGGCCAGGACCUGGAGGAUCCUACUGCAGUUAAGAAUCAGAGCUCAGAAGUGACUGCUAGAGCAUCCAGGCCUGGAAGGAAGGACGUCCGCCCACCACUGAGGACCCUGGCGGUACCCUGUGCCCUGAAGCCACCAUCUGGCAAGGUGGAAGCCAGUGAGGCCUGGAGGAAGAGUCCAGUCCACCCCAAGAAACCCAGGAAAGUUUUAUUUGAACCCACAGCAUCUGAGAGAGAUCUCGAGGAAGAAGAUCUGGCAGUGGAGGAGUUGCAAGGCAGUCCCAGCCCACGGUGGUGCCACGCCAUGUGCCUCAGUGACCCAGGGACAGCUGUUCUGAUCGGUGGAGAAGGUGUCGAUCAGCAGUCCUGCAAGGAUGCACUCUGGAAGCUGGAAACUGACAGUGAUUUCUGGCUUCCAGUGGGUUUCCAGCUACAAAACGCCAUGCCGUCGUCCUUGCAUGGUCACACAGCUACCUACGACCCAGACACCAAGCGUAUCUACAUCUUUGGGGGCAUAAGGGAGGACAAAGACUACAGCGGCAUCUACAUUCUGGACACAGUCACCUGGAAAUGGCUCCUCGUGGCUGCUAAAGGGAGGAUCCCAGUGCUCACCUACCACAGUGCAACUAUCUACCGCAAGGAGCUCUUUGUUUUCGGAGGGACUUUCCCCAAAAAGGCAUCACUGGCAGUUAGACCCUGCAGCAAUGUGCUCUAUGUCUUCAAUCCAGAGCAUGAAAUUUGGUAUCAGCCCAUCUCAGAAGGGGAGAAGCCUCUGCCUAGGCUUGGGCAUUCAGCUACUCUACUGAAGAACAAGCUGCUGAUUUUUGGGGGUCGGAGGACUUCUCUCUACCUCAGUGACAUGCACAUCCUGGAUCUGGGUUUCAUGGAGUACACACCAGUUCCCUUCCUCACAGGACAGCCUUCUGCACGUUGUUUUCAUGCAGCUCUGGCUGUGUCGGACCAGAAGGUUCUGAUCAGUGGGGGCUGCAAUGCCAAAGGAGCCCUGCAGGAUGCCUUUGUCUUCCACCUAGAUACUCUUUCAUGGAGCACGGUGGUCCACCAUGACCUCUGCUCUGUGCCCCGAGCUGGCCACACGUUGCUUGACCUGACUCCUGCCCGCCUGAUAGAUGUGGACAAGGAGAACAAAGAGGAGCAUAACCUGCAUACGGUGUUGGUCUUUGGGGGCUCCAACUGUGCCGGGACCUUUUACAACAGCACAGUCAAGAUCCAGCUGGACCUAGGAUAA